AUGGGGUACGACAAAGGCUGGAUCUCGAGGAACGAGAGCGAGCAUGCCCCGUACCAGGCUGUCACCAGAGCUCUGGAGAUGAGGAACUCCUCGGCUGGGCAGAUGGUGUGGCAGGGUGGGAACGGCAGUGAGGCUGGUGCCGCGGAGAGCGAGGAGCAUGGCGAAGAGCAGACCUACAGGCAUUUCACUACCACGGUGCAAAUUGUCAUUUUUGUGGGCUCUUUGCUGGGUAACAUCAUGGUGCUGUGGUCAACUUGUAGAACAUCAGUACUUAAAUCUGUAACAAACCGAUUCAUUAAGAAUUUGGCCUGCUCGGGGAUCUGCGCCAGCCUAGUCUGUGUGCCUUUUGACAUUGCUCUUAGUGCCAGUCCACACUGCUGCUGGUGGAUCUAUACGAUGCUCUUCUGCAGAAUUGCCAAGUUUCUGCACAAAGUCUUCUGCUCAGUGACUAUCCUUAGUUUUCCAGCCAUUGCUCUUGACAGGUACUACUCUGUUUUAUACCCUCUGGAAAGAAAAAUAUCUGAUGCAAAAUCCCGAGACCUGGUUAUCUAUAUCUGGGCCCAUGCAAUAGUGGCCAGCAUUCCAGUAUUUGCUGUGACCAAUGUGUCUGAUAUUUAUGCCAUGUCCACCUGUUCUGAAUCUUGGAGUUAUUCCCUUGGCCACCUGAUAUACGUCAUCAUCUAUAACAUCACCACUGUGAUUGUACCAGUGGCUGUGGUAUUUCUCUUUAUGAUUCUUAUUCGCAGGGCGCUGAGUGCCAGCCAGAAGAAAAAAGUCAUCAUAGCUGCCUUAAGGACCCCUCAGAACACCAUUUCUAUCCCUUAUGCCUCCCAGCGAGAAGCUGAGCUUCAUGCCAUGCUGCUUUCCAUGGUUAUGAUAUUUAUUUUCUGCAGCGUCCCCUAUGUGACUUUGGUGAUUUACCGCACCAUACUCAAUAUUUCAGAUAUUUCAGUCUUCUUGCUCCUCACUGCCAUUUGGUUGCCCAAGGUCUCUUUGCUGGCCAAUCCUUUGUUAUUUUUAACUGUUAACAAAUCAGUACGGAAGUGCUUAGUGGGGACAAUAGUACAGCUGCACCGAAGGUAUAGCAGGAGAAACAUUGUCAGCUCAGGUGGUGUUGCAGAUGCUAAUCUGGAGCCCAGUGCCCGUUCAGGGAGCCAGCUUCUGGAGAUGUUUCAUAUUGGGCAACAACAAAUCUUCAAGCCAACGGAAGAUGAGGAGAAUGAGACCAAAUCCAUUGGCUCUGGUGACUUUCAACAGAAAGAAAUUCCUACCACCAGUUUAGAGGUAGGAGAGACUUUGGUUCACAAAUUUAUACCACAGACGAUUGCAGACUCUGCAGCUCAGGUGGCACCAGCUGUGCCCACAGAAGCUGAUAUGGUAAAUGACAAGUAUUCCAUGCAGUUUGGUUUUGGACCCUUUGAGCUGCCUCCACAGUGGCUCUCAGAAAACCGAAACAGUAAGAAGCGACUCCUGCCUCCUUUGGGGAAUACCCCUGAAGAGCUAAUCCAGACAAAACAGCCUAAGUGUAAAGCAGAAAGAAAAAUCAGCAGAAACAAUAAAGUCAGUAUCUUUCCCAAGGUGGAUUCUUAGUAAGAGCAUGAGCUUUAAGUGGCAGAGGAAGGUCGCCUUCUAUUAUAUGUG